GGCCCCGCGCCCGCGCUGGCACGUGCCCCGCGCCCCGGCCCGGCUCGGGUGUCGGGAGAUGUAACCGGAGGCCCCCGGUGCCCUCCCCUGUUGCCCCCCUCGAUGCCCCCUGGGGCGCUUCGUUCUCAAUCACCCCCCCCAGCGCCCCGGGGGGGGCCGAACUGCCCUGACCCGACUCAGGCUUCUCUCCCGAUGCGGGCCCACGUUAACUACACCACCUCCAGCGGUGGCCUCGCCCCGGCGAGGGAGCGCCAGACUGGGGGGGAUCCGGUUUCCACCCCCGCCAGCCCCAGCUCCAUCUCCCCAUCGUCUGGGCUCGGCGGUGAGCAGUGGGACAGGGCAGCGGGCACCAUGUUCUUCCUCUUUCGUGGGCCACAGCAGCGGGGUACUGGCAGCCCUGUGCCCCUGGCAUGCCGGAGCACUUCCCGUCCCCGUGGUCCUGGUAAACGGGGCGGUCGCUGCUUGUGCCUAGCUCUGCGACGUAGGGGACGGGGGGGCUCCAGCACCCGUGGCACCUCGGGGAGACAAGGGCAUCCCAGCCAUGGUGGUGUGGCCCCCAUGGAGGAUCGGUGGAGUGUGGAGGAGACAGGACUCCAGCUGCACCCCACUUUUGGGCAGGAUGGGAAGCCACAUUCUGGCCCCACAACACCAGGUGCUGGGGAUGCUGAGGAGGGGGCAGAGGCUGCACAGUCCCCACCGUUGCAGAACUACUCGGUGCUGCAAGGGCUGGUGGGGCCAGCCUGCAUCUUCCUGCGGCAGAGCAUUGCCAUCACCCAGCUGGACCGGGAGCUGCGUCCUGAGGAGAUUGAAGAGCUGAAGCAGGCAUUCCGGGAGUUUGACAAGGACCGUGAUGGCUACAUCAGCUACAAGGACCUGGGCGAGUGCAUGAGGACCAUGGGCUACAUGCCCACCGAGAUGGAGCUCAUUGAGCUGUCCCAGCAGAUCACUGGUGGAAAAGUGGAUUUUGAUGAUUUUGUGGAGCUGAUGGGCCCUAAGAUGCUGGCAGAGACAGCAGACAUGAUCGGCAUCAAGGAGCUGCGUGAUGCCUUCCGUGAGUUUGACACCAACGGGGACGGGCAGAUCAGCAUGGCAGAGCUGCGGGAGGCCAUGCGCAAGCUGCUGGGGCAGCAGCUCAACUACCGGGAAGUGGAUGAGAUCCUCAAGGACGUGGAUCUCAACGGUGAUGGCCUGGUGGAUUUUGAAGAGUUUGUGAGGAUGAUGUCACGCUGAGCGUGGCCAAGCCAAGACGGGACCCGAGCCCCCACCAUGCCUUACGAAGCGGAGGGGAACAUGGAGGAGAUGCCCAGUUCCAGCUGGGACCAUGCCAGUGCAGCACACUGCCUGAGCCCCAGGGUGAAGGUCCUCACUUGGUCAGUGCUGGAGGUGCUCACGCUCACCCUCGGCCAUGCACCGAGGUCCAACUGCAGCAUGAGAUGACGCCAGGCCCCUUUUUGGCACAGACUUGGCCACGCUUUGGCCGCUCUUGCCCUGACCUUUCCUCCUCCUGCUUCCAUCUCAUCUUGACCUCAUCCAAAAAUUUGAAGACUGGUCCCGAUCCCUCCGACUGUUUUCCAGCUCCAUUGGCUCAUCCCCCCCACCCCCUCAUACUCCAGGCCAAGCACCCUGCUCCGUCCAGACUGGGAUUUAGGGCUGACCAUCCGAUGUGACCCACCACCCAGCCCUCUUACCACCUCUGACCAGCCCCAGACCCUGCUUGGUCCUGCCCAGUGCUAGUGAAGCAUUGUCCCUUGGCUGCUGGGGCCCUCACAGAUGUACCCCAGCACCAGAGAUCCUCCUUAAGGAUCCAGCAUCCUGGCCAGGGCCUUAGGUGUUACUGGACCCUGUGGGGUGGAAAAUGGAGCAUGGGGAGUCUGGACCAGUUUAUUUUUUCAGUCUUUGCCCUUUUCAAAUGAAAAAUUUUCCAGAGGGACUUUUUGGGUGUUUUUAUGUUGAGCUUAAAGCGAAAUUGUUCAUUUUCAGUUGUGUGUGUGCUCCCCCCCAAGUAAUUUCACUGGAUACAAGGACUGCUUUGUCCCUUCCAUUGGGUACAACAACCACUGUGAACCCCUUCCCCAGGUACAACAACUGUGCUGUAUUGCCCUGACUCGGUACCCCCCCCCAAUCACUGUCUGUCCCCCAGUCCUGUAUGCCCUCAUCACCGUGUCUCCCCAUAGCACCCCAGGCCCGGAAAGUCGCUGCACCCCCACGCUCACCCUUCCCACAUGGAGCCAGGACCCCUCGGGCACCCCAUCACCUCCCCAUCCCCGGGGCCAUGGUGUGGGGGUCAGUAGAGGGGCUGAUGGGGCCAGACUGGGCUGGUACUGGGAGUGGCAAUGGCAAGACUCUUCCAACAGGUCACCUCCCCAUCACUAGCCCUAGGCUGGGAGAGAUGAGACAUGGCUCUGUGGAGCUGGUGCCAGCGGCGGCAGCAGCCGAACCCCCUUCCCAGCAUGGGGAAGCGGCGGGAGAGGGG